UAUUGCUCCGAAUUUUUUACCUACAUCACAUUUACAGCAAACGAUCAUCGAUGAAAUUAUUAAAAAACCCACAUAUUUUCGUGGCUCAAAAGAUGAUGUUCACGAUUGGUUAGAAAAAUUAGAACAACGUUUUAAAAUGGCAAAAUGGAACGAUGAAGGAAACUUACAAUAUAUUUCAAUACAUUUACAAGAUGAUGCAUAUCGAUGGUGGACACAAACAUUUACGACGAUUAAAUCAUGGUCAUUAUUUACUGAAGCUGUUACAAAGGCUUUUGGAUCAACAAAGGUACAAGAAUUAGCUUUUGAACAAUUAAAAUGGUACAAACAAACGGAUAAUCAAUCUAUUACACAAUAUUAUGAUAAAAUUAUUGAAUUAUGUAAGAAAGUUGAUCCAGCUAUGGCUGAUUGA